GCCAGAUCUGUGGUCAGCUGAUAACAAAGCAACUCCGGGGGAACUAUACAUUGCAAUAAUAAAAUUGGAGUUGGAUAAUGAAAAAUAUGAUGGGGAGCAUUAUCAUACCUUAUGUUUGCUAAGUCACAAACAACUCCCCCAAAUUCAAUCAAAGAAGUUAGAAAUGCUUCUCAAAUUUACAUUACGUUUAUUUACAUCAAUACUAGGCAAAGAACUUGUUUAUGAAAAUGAUCAAUUUUCAUAUCUAGUUGCUCCACUUUUGCCACAUUCACAAAUUAGUCAGAAUGCUGAUAAAUAUAUUGACUGGAAUGAAGUCAAGAAGGCUGAAUAUGAACAUUUGGAGUCAAUAUGUCAUGACCUAAAUCCAUUAUCACCAAUACCACCAAGAAUGGCCAUAAUAACGAAGGAAAAAGAGAUCUCAAAAUUCACAAAUUUUUUACAACCUGGCGCACUUCCUAUGUUAGCACCAACAACAUAUCUGAUGCCAGAAUUUGUUAAAAAUUUUUCAAUUGAAGCUUCAAUUUUCAGAUCAGCAUUGUUAUUACCAUCAAUACUCACAAGAUUGGAUUCACAACUUUUGGCCUUAGAAUUGAAAAAUAGAUUAGUUUUACCAAUCAAUAAUGAGUAUUUGCUGUCAGCCUUAACUACUUCAUCUGCAAAUAUGGAAAUGAAUGUGUUAAAAUCAUUUGCAACAAAACACUUUAUAAAAGUGCAAAAAAAUUGCAUUUAUAUGAACAUCAGCAUUACAACAGAAGAUUCAGAAGUAGGGAGUCAACAUUGCACAUUAUCAAUUCAUGAUUCUGUAGUUGGACAAGCAAGCUCCAAGAGUGAUACAAUAUCAAUAAAACUCGCAGCACAAAUUGUUUUAGAAAAAAUUGAGAAAGAUGAUGAAUACCUUGAUUUUGGAUGUGGCUGUUCAAUCAAGAAGGCUGCAUAUGAAUAUUUUGAGGACAAUCUAAUGAAUUUAGAUGACACAGUUAUAAUUGAUUAUGCUGAUAAUUUUGCACAUAAACAUCUUAAUCAACCAUUGAUCAAUGUCAAAGAAAUCUCAAAAAUCACGAAUUUUUUACAACCUGGUGCACUUCCUAUAUUAGCACCAACAACAUAUGUGGUGCCAAAAUUUUAUAAAAAAUUUUCAAUUGGGGCAUCAAUUUUCAGAUCUGUAUUAUUAUUACCAUUGAUACUUACAAGAUUGGAUUCACAAGUUCCUAAAGAAAUGGGGAGCAUGGUAAAAAGCAUCUUUGUGGAUGCAAAACUUGAUUCACAAUUUCCUCAAACAUUGUUUGAUUUAUGGAUUGAGUCAGUUUUAAGUGAUCAUGUUGCUCCUCUUAUGUUGCCAAUGAUAAAUCUUACAGAAGCAUGGAUGUGA